CAAAGUCUCGCGCUCAGCUAAUCCAGUCUUGUUGGUUUGUGGAAACGGAAAGAAAAUAAACAAGGUCAGAAAGCGGUUUUUUAUGUUGUUUUAACGUUUAACAUUUCGUUUGGGAAAACUUGAAAACUUCACCAGUUUGUGCUGCACCUCCGACGUCACCGCGUGUUGUUUUGAAACAUCCCUGAUCAGAGAUGACAGCUUUAAGUGGGAAGGUCCAGACUGUCUUGGGUCUGGUAGAUCCAGACCAGUUGGGUCGCACCAUGACCCACGAGCACCUUACCAUGAGCUUCGAGUGCAGCUACGUCUCCCCUCCACCUGCUGAUGAGGCGGUGGCCGAGAACCCCUUUCAGUUGCAACACAUGCACUGGCUCAAGCAGAACCCCUACAGCUGCCGGGAGAACCUGUUUCUGCAGCAGGAGGUCAGCGCCUUGAGAGACGAGCUGCUGGCCUACAAGAAGGCUGGUGGGGGGACGAUUGUAGAGAACACCACUACUGGGAUCGACCGAGACCUGCCCACCCUACGACAGCUAGCCAAGGACACCGGGGUCCACAUUGUUGCUGGGGCAGGGUUCUAUGUGGACUCUACUCACACUGUGGCCACUAAGAAAAUGAGUGUGGAAAAGCUCACAGACAUCAUUGUCAGCGAGGUGCUCCAUGGCGCCGACGGCACGGACAUCCGCUGCGGCGUGAUUGGAGAGAUCGGCACCGGCUGGCCCAUCACGGAGAGUGAGACGAAGGUGUUGAGGGCCACGGCCUACGCUCAGGCUCAGCUGGGCUGCCCGAUUAUCAUCCAUCCUGGCAGGAAUACUGCUGCUCCAGCUGAGGUGGUUCGGAUUCUCCAGGAAACUGGCGGUGACAUUAGCAAAACUGUCAUGUCUCACCUGGACAGGACUAUAUUUGAUGAAGAGGAGCUACUUGAGUUUGCAAGUCUGGGUAGUUAUCUUGAGUACGAUCUGUUUGGAACAGAGAUGCUGAACUACCCGUUCAACCUGGAUGUGGACAUGCCCAGUGACAGCCAGAGAGUGAAGGCGUUGGCGUUUCUGGUGAAGGAAGGCUAUGAGGACCGGCUACUGGUGGCGCACGACAUCCACACCAAACAUCGCCUGACCAAGUUCGGCGGCCACGGCUACUCUCAUAUCCUCAAGAACAUUGUGCCGAAGAUGCUGUCGAGGGGCAUCUCUCAGCAUCAGGUGGACAAAAUCCUCAUCGACAAUCCAAAACGCUGGCUGACCUUUAAAUAAAUCACCACGAGAGAACACGCGGAAGGCAUUUCGAUGGAAUCUUAAUUUUAUUUUAUACUCGACACCCCAUAAUGAACAUAUUCAGAGAAGUUUGGAGCAGCAGACUCGUUAAUUCUAAUGUGAUGUUGGCACCUUAAAUCAUUCAGCUCACGAUAAAUGGAUGUUGAUCAUUUUGAAUGUUUAUAAACAUCUUCAUCUGUUUCCAUGGGAAAUAAAGACAAACAGCUUUUUUGUCCAGAUGAAA